CGAGCAACUGCUUCUGUUACCUCGAUUCACAUCCUCGACAUUACACACAUACACUCGCAAUGGCACCAAACUGGGACCGACUCAUCCGCUUCAUCGCUACAGACGGCCGCGAACUGCGGGGUCAACCAAUUCUUCCUUCCUCAGACUUUGAUGUCGGCACAACAACAGAAGCCACAGGCCUAAAGGCCAAGGUCAUCAGUGUAGCGAACAAUGAUGUUUUCGAUCCCGCCACCAAGGUCACAGAGGAGGAGGUCACAGUUAAGAAGCUUCUUGGACCCGUGACUGUUGAUGAAGUACCGAUUAUUCGAUGCAUUGGGUUGAACUUCAUCAAGCACAUCCAAGAAGGAGGCCGUACCCUCCCCCCUCAUCCCAGCACAUUCAUCAAAGCCAACACCUGCCUCCAGGACCACGAUGGUCCUAUCGUGAUCCCUAAGAUUGCUCAGGAUAACCAAGCGGACUACGAAGGCGAGCUCUGCUUCAUCAUCUCCAAGGACUGCAAAGACGUCUCCGAAGCUGAGGCUUUUGACUACAUCGGCGGCUACAUGUCUGGCAAUGACGUAUCCAGCCGCAAGUGGCAGCGCGAUCCUAACCUUGCUGGAACUGUCCCGCAGUGGAACUUUUCCAAGGGAUUUGACACAUAUGCGCCUCUCGGACCGCAGAUCGUCAGCACCAAGGUCAUCCCGGAUCCGAGUAAGCUCACGCUUCAGACGAGGGUGAAUGGCGAGCUCCGUCAAAACUCCGGCAUCGAUGAUUUGUGCUUCAAGAUCCCCACACUUGUCGCUUUCAGCAGUCAAGGCACGACGCUCAAGAAGGGUACCGUUGUCAUGACAGGUACAUGUGCGGGUGUCGGGUACGCGAUGAAGAACCCGCAGUUCCUGAAGCCCGGGGAUGUUGUCGAAGUCUCGGUUACUCCAGAGAUCGGCACGGUCAGGAACACAGUAGAGUAUGCGUAA